AUGGCCGAUAUAGAAGUUGUAAACAGAAUUUGUCAGAAAUUCAAUUUGAAGUCACUUACAGAUCAACAAAUUUCGGCGAUCGACGCCCUGAAGAAAGGAAACGACACAUUUGUUGGGACAAAGACGGGGAGUGGGAAAUCUCUAGUCUACGAAAGCUCGCCGAUUGUUUUGGGAGAGAAUGGUGUUACAACUGUGCUUGCUCCGCUGAACAGUAUUAUGUCUGAACAAAUAGAGAGACUGAACAGGCUUGGAUACAGAGCUGUGCAAGUAUCCAAUGACACUGAUAAGCAAGCUGUUAUGAACGGAUAUUUUCAGUUCGUGUUAGGAAGCCCCGAACUUCUCGUCGGUGAUUACAAAUGGAGAGAAGUUUUGAGAAAUCCAAUCUUCACAUCAAAACACCAAUUGAUUGUGGUCGAUGAGGCCACACCGGGGCUAGAACAUCAACAAGAAGGGCCAUUUCGAGAGUGGUUUGCUCACAUAGGAGAGAUGCGAUCACUUUGCAUUGGGAGACCCACAAUGGCGCUCACCGCGACAGCUAGCCCCACACACAGACGCCAAAUUAUGCAGAAACUGUGUCUUCGUCAUCCAUCCUGU